CUGUUACAUCCAUCCUGGGCAUCUUUAUUGCUUUACUGUAUGUCCUCACAAGGAAGAGUUCUGUGGCAAAAAACUGUAGCUUCAGUGGAUAACUAAAGGACAAUGAGAAGUUCAGGUUUACUGGUGUUUUUACUUCUACUGGCCGAAGUAAUAUCUCAAAACAAAAAGAGUUCAAAACCACACAAUAAGAACAUAAACCAGCAGAAAAAAAGUUCUGAUGUAGGUGAACCUGAAACAUCUGCCACAGAUGGUGAAACAACGUCUGUGAAUUUGUCAUCCACAGAAUACAUGGCAACUCAAAUAAAAAGCCUUUCACUGGCCUCUCUCCAAAAAGGAGAUGAUGACAUGAAACUUUUCUUUCUCAAAAAUACACUAGUGACUUGCAAUGAUGGGACAGCAGCAGGAUAUUACUUAAGAGAGUACAAGGGGAGUAAAAGGUGGCUAAUAUUUUUGGAAGGUGGAUGGUGCUGUUACAACAAAGAAACUUGUGACACACGAUAUAAAACUAUUCGUCGUCUUAUGAGUUCUUUAGAAUGGCAACAAACAAGAAAGGGUACAGGCAUUCUGUCAAACCAGUCAGAUGAAAACCCUCACUGGUGGAAUGCCAACGCAGUGGUUGUGCCCUACUGUUCAAGUGACGUAUGGAGUGGAACAUCAGCAAAAUCCCGUCAAGUUGAAUAUUCGUUCAUGGGCUCUCUGAUUAUACGUGAGGUAAUAAAAGAUCUGAUUCCAAGAGGCAUCAAGCAAUCUAAAGUAGUGAUGCUUGCUGGUACAAGUGCUGGUGGGAUGGGCGUACUAUUGAACAUUGAGAGAGUAGCCAGCCUAUUAGAACAAUCCAGUACUGAUGGAAUUCAGGUCCGUGGACUCGUAGACUCUGGAUGGUUCCUUGAUAGUAAACAGCACAGACAGACUGAGUGUUCUGAUGAUGCAUCCUGCAGCCCAGCUGAAGUAAUUAAGAAAGGAAUCAAGUUUUGGAAUGGAAAUAUUCCUGAAAAGUGCAAACAGCAUUUUAAGAAAGGCGAUGAAUGGCAAUGUUUCUUUGGCUACAAUCUGUACUCAUUUUUGAAAUCUCCCAUUUUUGUAGUUCAGUGGCUCUAUGAUGAGGAACAACUGAGAGUAGAAAAUAUUCAGCUGGAAAACCAGUCAUUAACUGAAAAACAGUGGAAUUAUAUUCAGAAUCUGGGUCGAGAACUGAAAAACUCCCUCCGAGAUGUUCUGGCUGUGUUUGCACCAUCCUGUCUCUCCCAUACACUGAUUACAAACAGCAACUGGAUGUCAUUUCAGGUGAAAGGCACUAAUUUAGCCAGAGCUCUGCAGUGUUGGGAUAAAAGUCUUCAAGAAAAUAAAACUGUAAGGACUCCCAUAAAAGGAUGCCCUUUUCAUUUGAUUGACAACUGCCAGUGGCCUCAUUGUAACCCUACAUGCCCAGCCUUGAGAGAUCCUACUACAGGGCAAGAACUAAAUGUCAUGCAGUUAUUCACAAGAAUGGGACUUGACAACCAGAAAAAAUCUCAGGAGCUUAAAUCUGAUCCUAGCCACAGUAUGGAACUCUUCAGUAAUGGAGGCUAAUGUGUUAAGUUAUUGCACUUCUAAUUGCAUUGCUGAUGUUGCCAGAUAAGUUGGUACUUCUAUUUCUUUACUGCACAUAUAUGAAAAUGCCUGUAUAGUUUAAGAUGAGGAUUUAUAAGACUACAGCACUGAGUUGGCAAGCAAAAUGUUACUUGAAAACACGGAUGCAGAUGCCUGUUCAGAUCAGUUUUAUUUUUAGUGUACAUACUACUGUUGCAUCUCUUGCCAUAUUUGGAUUUGAACAGAUCAUGUAAUAUUUUACAAUCUAUUUUUCUCCAUAAAUUCUUAUAAAGCACAGUCCUAGAUUCCUUGUGAUUUCAACAAAAUAUGACUACCGAUUGUUUUAGGCUUGGUCUUCAAAAACGACCAACAAUAAAAAGUACUAAUGGAAGAAUAUUUCAAAUUCAUAGGCUGAUACUAGGCAAUCCAUCUUGUCCAAGCCUAACAAAUAAUCCAUAUUCAGAAGUUUCCUCCUGCUUCAAAGCGGUUACUACAGGAUAGACCAAGGGAGAAUUUGUAAAUCACACAUCCAAUUGUUGAAAUUCACUUUUAAAAUGGCAAAGUUACUACCCUGUUUGACAUGUGUGUGAGUACGUUCCAGAAGUGGGGAAUGCACUUGGAUAU